GUAUCCACAGCCUCCCACAGCAUGACAACCAGGCCCGAGGCUGCCAUGAAGCUUUCACAUGCUACUGUCGGAGUCCUGGCUGGGAACAUCAGCUGUGAAGUGCCGCCUGAGCAUUAAGUUGUUAGCACCCUUUGUUCUUAGUUUGGCUCUAGAAGAAAAAUCUAAGAAGGACCCCCUCCAAAAAAAAAUGAGCCAAGACAAGGGUUUGGACAUGAACAGUGUUCAAGCAGGAGCCCCUGAAGAGCCAGCCAUGAAAGUAAACCAUCAAGGGCUAGCAAAGGAAGUUGACACCAAUGAAAAUCCAUUACAGGGUCUAUCCAAAAAUGAGGCUCUUCUGGUCCCAGGGUUCUUGGACACAGAGUGGGCCAAAGAGAAGGCCAUUGUUCCCAUGGUCAGCAACACACUCCAUAUGUCCACAGAGGAGUCUGAGAUCUCACAACAGGUUAGUGAUACCCCCGAGUUCUCAGAAAAUACUGUCCAUCCUAAACAUGGAAAUAGUUCCAAGUCUUCAGCAAAAACCACACAGCUGAAACAGGGCAAUACCUCGAAGCCCUCAGUCAAAGCUGAUAAUCCAAAACAGAAAAACAUUUCUAAGACGUCGGGCCACUCCAUGCAGACAAAGCAUAGCAACGUGCCCAAAUCCUUGUCAAAAACCACCCAUCCCAAACAAGAGACCACCCACAAUCCUGUAGCAAAUAGCAUCUACCCCAAGUCAUCAGAGGACACUAUCCAAUCCAAGGAAGAUGAUACCCGCAAGUCCUUUGAAGACACCAUCCUGUCCAAGGAGAGUGACAUCCCCAAAUCCUCACAGGACACCAUCCUAUCCAAAGAUGCUAAAAUCCACCAGCCCUUAAAAGACAGUAUCUGGUCCAAGGAGAGUCACAUCCCCAAGUUCUCACAGGAUACCAUCCAAUCCAGGGAUAGUAAAAUCCACAGGCCCUUAAAAGACACCAUCCAGUCCAAGGAGAAUGACAUCCCCAAGUCCUCACAGGACACCAUCCCGUCCAAAGAUGCUAAAAUCCACCAGCCCUUGAAAGACAGCAUCUGGCACGGUCUCACUACAUACGAGCAUCAAGCUUGCUAUGGAGCCCAGACUGUUCUUGUCUCAGGCUUGAGGCCACCUGGUGCGGAAGCCAGCGGAAGCCUGUGCCGCUCCAGCAGCGCAAACUGCUCCUGA